UCGUACAGCUCCAGCAGUUUCAGUGGUGUGUCAAAUCAAGCAGUGUUCUGUUCUAGCCCUCAAGAGUGCCCCUCCAGUGAUACCAACACACCAGCCACCAGCAUCAUGAUUUCCAAGAUUCUUUUGGUUGCCUCCCUAGCGGCUGUCUCGACCGUAGCAUCGCCCGUCUACGGACCGGUGUCGUAUGGACCGGCGCUGUCCUACGGUUACGCCGCCAAAGCCAUCCAACCGCUGCACACGGUAGCGGCAGCUCCCGUGCUGCACGCACCGAUCGUCGCCGCUGCACCGGUCCUGAAGCACGUCGAAGCGUACGAUCCGAACCCGCACUACAGCUUCAGCUACGGUGUUUCGGAUCCGCAUACCGGCGAUUCGAAGCACGCCGAAGAAACGCUGGCCAACGGUGUCGUCCAUGGUAGCUACUCGCUCACCGAACCCGACGGCACAAUCCGCAAGGUGACGUACACGGCCGACAAGAUCCAUGGAUUUAAUGCGGUGGUCGAGAAGAGUGGCCACGCCGUCCAUGCUGCUCCGGUGCUGAAGAAGGUCGUUGCAGCGCCCCUGGUGCACGCUGGCCUCCCGUAUUACCAUCACUGA